AACAGAGCAGAAGAAAAGUAAAAAGUAGAGAGACACAAAUACCCUCUCUCUGUGGAAACUUGUUCACUAAGAUUAACGACCUGGUCAAUAUAGUACUACACUACCACAACCCAUUUCAAGAACCUUAAAUUUAUAGCCAAUUCCUUCUCUAAUUUUCAAGAAUUGAUGAAAUGAGUUUCUUGAAACCAUCAGCAUUGUAUCACUUUCUUUUAACUCUGGUUUCUUUAAGAUGGAUGCCGUGUCAGAGCUUGGGGUUUCUCAAAUGGCCUGGUCUUGAUGGCUUCUUCAGGCUUUUUAUUUUGUUUCUUUUAUGGUCUAUGUGUUCUGAGAUUCGUUUCAUUCCUUCUUCUUCCAUGUACCCUACUCUUCGCGUCGGUGAUCGUGUCAUUAUUGAAAAGGCCUCGUACUAUAUCAGAGCUCCUGCAAUCAAUGAUAUUGUCAUAUUCCGAGCUCCCAAACAGCCUGGAAUCCGAGAGGGAGAUGUUUUCAUCAAGAGAAUUGUAGCAAAAGCUGGAGAUUCGGUUCAGGUUCAUCAUGGAUCGCUCUAUGUCAAUGGAAUAGCUCAGAAUGAAGAUUUCAUUGCAGAGAAACCAACAUACACAUCAGAGUUAAAUCAUGUGCCUAGAGGUCAUGUUUAUGUAUUGGGUGACAACCGCAACAACAGCUACGACUCCCAUGUCUGGGGAACCCUUCCGACCAAGAGUAUCAUCGGAAAAUUUGUCAUGUGCUGUCACAGGCCUUCAAACAGAUGACCCCAUACAUGGUCAUGACCAUGUAGCGUAUUUCUUGGUAGCAGCUUCAAGUUCAUGGAGUUGGUUGCUGACUUCCUGUCCCUAACACAGGUUUAUUCAUUGUUUAAUUAUUUGGUCUCUUUGUUAUUCAUUGUUAGAUUGCAGAACAUUUUUCCAACUGAUUGUUAGAAGAUUAAGUGGACUAUACAUGUAUUUAAUUCCACUAUUGUUUUCACAUAAAUAUAACAUUAGCAAAUUUUAUUGCAAUGCCAUACGGCCUGCUAUAAUGUCGUCAUACAAGGAUUGAUAGGAUAAGUGAUUAAUAUCCUCGGAGAAAAGCAA